ACGCGAAGACAGGCCAAGUCAAACAGGCAACGUCCACCUUCACCGACCACGCUUGACAUUGUCCCCCAUGAAGCCCGUAUACCAGAGACUCAGUUUAUUCUUUGACGGCGAGGCCGCAUAUACUUUCGUCCCAAUCGAGCCGCUCGGUGCGCAAUCUCUCACCAUACACAGGGCUACUGGAGACAUUGUCUUGAACCCCCCGAACAAGGCCGUUCCUUCCACUGCCACGAGGUACGAGAAAACUGUCUAUGGAAUCCUUGGAAUGAUAUCGCUCGCUCUUUCUGAAUACGUCGUCAUCAUGACGGGUCGCGAACACCGGGCACGUUUCUUGGGGCAUGACAUAUAUCGUGCAGCCGACUUUGACAUCCUCCCCCUCAACCCGAGCGUCUCUGUGCAGUACCCCUCUCAUCCGGUGGAGGGUCAUCUGCUGGCGCUUGUACGAGCACACCUGUUUGGAGGUUACUUUUUAUUUAGUUACACCUUCGACCUGUCGCGCCGCCUUCAGGCUCAGUGGAAUGAAAGUGGGAGUGACGCUACGAGGCCCUUGUGGGAACAAGCAGACGAUAGGUUCUUCUGGAACAAGUUCCUGCAAUCUAGGUUAAUCGACACUGAAAUCGCCCAAGACCUUAGCCCGUACAUACUUCCGAUCGUUUACGGCACAUUCGACCUGCGUACUGCUUACAUUCACGGUCACAAAAUCCAGUUAUGUCUCAUAAGUAGGAGGUCACGAUACCGCGCAGGGACACGGUACUUCCGCCGUGGUAUCGAUCAUCAAGGACACGUUGCUAAUUUCAACGAGACGGAGCAAAUUGUACUCGUCGAAGAGUCCGCUGCGGGGCGCAUCUCCAACUCUGAAAUUUUCACCCACAAGCUUAGCUUUGUACAAACCCGCGGCAGUGUACCAGUUUUCUGGGGAGAGAUAAACACUCUUAGAUACAAACCCGACCUCCAAAUUAUGGAUCUUCAAGAUACAGUUGAUGCCAUGCGCUUGCAUUUAAAGGAACAAAUUUCACUCUAUGGGGAACAGUGUCUUAUCAACCUAGUCAACCAGAAGGGUUAUGAACAGCCUGUGAAAGAGGCUUACGAACGCAUUGUCGCCCAGACUGAGCUGCCUGAGGCCAGGUACCGCUACUUCGAUUUCCACAACGAGUGCAAACAUAUGCGGUGGAAUCGCAUAAAUAUCCUCAUUGAAAGGUUGCAGGAAGACCUCCUCAAUUUCGGAUACUUUCAUCUCAAUAUGAAUACGUCACAAGUCGAGCCAGCAGUGAAAUUGCAAAACGGCGUGGUCCGUACGAACUGCAUGGACAACUUAGAUCGGACCAACGUAGUUCAAGCCGCUCUAGCCAAGUGGACUCUGAAUUACCAGCUAAAAAGCCUUGGUGUCUUGACGGAAGGCGAAGAACUGGACGACUUCCAAGCGCUUUCCCAGGAUUUCCGAGAAAUUUGGGCUGACCACGCUGACUUGAUUUCAAGGGCAUACGCAGGGUCUGGUGCUCUGAAGACCGACUUUACACGGACGAACAAACGCACUAAGCUGGGCCUUCUCGAGGAUGGUUACAAAAGCGUAAUGCGGUACAUCAAGAAUAAUUACUUCGAUGGGACAAGGCAAGAUGGUUUCGAUCUUGUAACAGGCGCGUGGACACCACGGAAGAAUCCCAUUACAGCUGUCUCGUUAUUGGCUGACACGAGGCCCCUGAUAAUCCGUUCGGUGCCUUACAUCGCGUCUUUCUCGUUGUUCAUGAUCUGCGCGGGCCUCACUCUACCAAGAACUUCAGAUUACUCCCUCCUUUACUACUUCAUGCUCUGGUUCAUGAUCGCUAUGCUUUCUAUAAUCUUCAUCAUGUUACACGGCAUUGAAUACGUUUCUUGGCCACGGUUGAUACCUCCAACGGACAUAAUCCACUACAAUGGGCCUGGUUUCCGCUCGGCACAUCAUGGAAAGGGAUUAAUGGGACCAUUGGGCAAGAGAUUCGCCACUCCUAGGAAAGCCAUCGCUGCCAAUGGGAUUGGGCGGAAAAGGGCUCCAACAAACUACAUGGAGGAGAUCGAGAAGGGAACAAAGUCAAGGGUUGAUUAAGUCUAGUGAAUGAUUGCCCUUUACUUCAUACAUUGGUACCCUAGAAUGUCAUUGUUUUGGAUGUUAACUUGCAUACUCGAUCGAUCUAACAUUUCCACAU